AUGCAUCCAUGGAGCAUUGGCGGAGUCUCGGCUGAACCUAAGGGGCAGGGCGUGCCUGCCGCUCGCACCUCCCGCGGAACUUCCCCGAACGCGAGUGCACAACCGAGCACUGAUCCGUGGAUGCCUUCCCUCGAUCUGGCCAUUCCCGAGAGUCACGACACACGCAAGACGGUGUACGACGUCUUGGCAGACGUCGAAAACACUCCGAGUGACAACCUCUUCUUCGCAAUCGCCCGAGACGUGGUCAACACCUACCAACUCACAAAACCCUUCCUGGACGAGUUUCUCCGGCUGCAGCAGCAACAGCGGGCGAAGCAAAAAGCGAAAAACAGCGUGACUGAUGCUUUAGAGGACGCAGGCGCCGGCGCGAUUGCUGCAAACGCCAUUGCAAACCCCAAUCCGCCCUUCUCCUUUCCCUCGCCAUGGGGGAACGAAACUGACAAUGAGGAUACGUUGAAAGUGAAGAAGAAGCGACGCGAGGAGAGAGAAACCAAAAAGCACCAAGAGCGACGAAAAAGUGUAAAAGAAAGAAGUGAUGAUGCUUCGGUCGGCGACGGCAGCGAGAGGCCUUCGAACAAACUGAAACUUUUUGGCCACGCCGGAUCUUCCAGGCUGCUGACGGCGACAGCCGAAGACACUGCGAGCUCUAUUGCGAAACGCGGAAACAAGGAACAAACAUCCAAGUGA